CUUGACUGAUCAAACACCACAACUUAACCAGAACUCUCAGGCCCGUCUCUUCUGUUUUCCUUUCUGGUCAUGUAUCUUCUCCACACACAAUGACAGCCCGGUGCUCACGCUCACUACAGUGCCUCUCAAUUUUCGCGCGCUCGACGAAAAGCAAAGUAGCACCACAUCGCACCUACUCCUCAGCCGCUCCCGCAAAUGCACGCCUGAAUCUCCCUGUCGACUUCUCCUCGACUCCAAUAUUACAUCAAAGCUCAAAGUCCAUACUUGCUAAUCCUGAGUUACCCGAAUCAGUACGGAAGAACAGUAAGACUACAAGAACGAACCUGUUCCAGGCUGUAAACUCGGCUCUUCGUCAUGCUCUAAGCACAGAUGAUCGCGUCCUUCUCUUUGGGGAAGAUGUGGCUUUCGGUGGUGUAUUCAGGUGCAGUAUGAAUCUAUCAACAGACUUCGGAUCCGAAAGAGUCUUCAAUACUCCAUUGUGUGAGCAAGCAAUCGUUGGCUUUGCAAUUGGAUGUGCGGCGGAGGGCAUGAAGCCGGUGGCUGAGAUCCAAUUCGCGGACUAUGUCUAUCCAGCCUUUGAUCAAUUGGUGAAUGAAGCUGCCAAGAUGAGAUACAGAGCUGGUGGGACUGGCAUGGACUGCGGGGGUAUGGUCGUGAGGAUGCCUACAGGGAGCGUGGGACAUGGUGCAUUAUAUCACUCACAGUCUCCCGAAUCCCUCUUCACGCACAUACCUGGUCUUCGAGUUAUCAUACCUCGAUCACCAUCCCAAGCAAAGGGGCUAUUACUUGCUGCCAUUGCAUCUCCUGAUCCUGUCAUUUUCAUGGAGCCUAAAGUCCUCUAUCGAGCCGCCGUUGAGCAAGUGCCCAAUGAUCCCUAUACUUUGCCUCUAGACAAAGCCGAUAUCCUAAAGACCGGCCAAGAUAUCACAGUCAUAUCAUACGGUACGCCGUUGUACCACUGCUCAAACGCGAUUGAAGCAGCAGAGAAGGACUUUGGCGUCAGCUGCGAGCUGAUCGAUCUGCGAACAAUAUAUCCAUGGGACAGGAAGACAGUGCUCGAGAGUGUUUCAAAAACAGGCCGGGCCAUUGUCGUGCAUGAGAGUAUGGUAAACGCAGGUGUUGGAGCCGAAGUCGCUGCUACAAUUCAAGAAGGGGCAUUUUUGAGACUCGAGGCGCCUGUGCAACGAGUAUGUGGCUGGUCCACGCACAUGGGUAUGGCGUAUGAGAAAUUUAACAUACCGGAUGUAGUUCGCAUAUAUGACUCGAUUCGGAAAGUGGCGCAUUACUGAAUGAUAAAACGAACAUGGUUCGAAUCAAUAUAAACGGAGCCUAGUUCCAUGAUGGCCCUUCGUGAUGCGACGAUGGGUAACACAAGAUACCACACGAUGCUCAUGAAAUGCUUUAAAUCGGUGACAGUUGAUGAUAGAUACGGACGGAGCACAUGGCUACAAGGGAGAUCACAGUGGAACUGAGAACCGAUAUAUUGGACUUGGGAUAUCAACAGUCAAUCCUCUGCAUGCAUAAUGCUUAUGAAUGCGGAUGUCAACCAUGAUAACUGCGGAGCACCAUUUUCGCAAUUGAAGUCUCCACAGCUAUCCUCCUGUAGCGAUCUUGUUCUCAAGACUAUAUCAUAGUAUUAAGCACCUGAGGUCGGAGGGAGAAGAUCUGGCAUUUAGGAAGCUCUUGAGUUAGAGUUAUCAUGUUAGUUGUGUUGGAUUUGUAGUCGUUGCGAGGCGGUAUUG